AUGGCGCACAUCGGCGGCCAGCCGCUGAAUCAGGCGACGCUUCGGAGCACCUUCAUGGCGGCCGACCAGGGGCACAACGGCGCCAUCGACUACCGAGAGCUGCAGAUGGCGCUGUCUGGAGGCACCUGGCGGCCAUUCAACAUGGAAACGGCCAAGAUGCUGGUGGAACUCUUCGACCGCAACCACGACGGCACCAUCAACUACGACGAGUUCGCCGAGCUGUACCGCUUCGUUACCGACUGGUCGGCUUCCUUCCGCGUCUUUGACAAGACCAACAACGGGAGCAUCGAGGCGAGCGAGUUGCAAGGCGCGCUGCGGGAGUUCGGCUACAACGUGUCGGACCUCUUCACUGACCUCCUGCUUCGGCGCUACGACCGCGGUGGCAAGAUCUACUUUGACGAGUUCAUUCAAAGCUGCAUGUUCAUCAAGAGCUCGACGGACGCGUUUUGUCGCUACGACCGGCAGAAGACAGGCGAGGCGAACGUGCGUUUCGAGGAGUUCGUCCUCAUGGUGAUGCUGGUACUGGCGUAG